AUGGAGAAUCACCGUCGCGAUGAUUCGCCUUCCGGUCUGUCCGAUUAUGCCGAGGGCGAUGGCUUGCUAGGCACCGGCAUCACGACCCGUCAUCUAGAGGCAUUUGGUCGAACGGUUACAUCAACGGCUGGACACUUGAUAGGACCGGCCGACCAGAACCAGCCGGCCCAUUAUCAGAAUGCCAUGACCGACAUCCACCGCGAACUGCGCCGGCCGAAGGCGCAGCGCAAUGUGUUCGCCCUUACCCAGACGACUCCGACCGAUCUGAUGCGAUCUAGGUUGUCGACCACUGAGAUCAGGUCUCGUGCCAUCUCCUCUCUCCCCGACGAACUCCUCGCCGAUAUACCCGAAGACAACAGCUCCUACUCCUUGUUCCAAGGCUUCCAGGCCUCCAUACCCGAAGAAGAACGUGGUCAAAAAAAGCACCGGAGGCGGCCAUCUAAGGGUGGAAAACAUCUCAAGGAUAGCGAGAAAGCUGGAGCUUUGACAGCGGGACCGGCUGCGCUCAAGGAGGAGCGAAAAACGCUCAGUAAGAAGUUGGAUCUGAUGGGCGUUCGCAAGAACAUGUGCAGCGCCGAGAUUCAUGAGAUCGAUAAGAAGAUCGCCAAUUUGCACAAGAUGCGCCAAAUCGUCCUCGAUCGACUAGCGGGCUUGGAGAUGGACGAGGCUGCAUUGGAGCACGAUCUGACCGAACUCGACAACAAGCUUGAAGACCUACAGCCGGAGGAGACACCCGACACAUCUGCCACAACCGAGACACCAAAGUCUUCUGAAGCCCCGGACGAUUCAAUCACUUCUGCCGGCGUCCCUGCCAUGGACGCUUCGUUUAUGUCGGAGUCGAUAUAUGAGAAGUUGCCCACCCGAAAACGUUCGAUGCCGAUUUUACACGAGCAUUUCGCUCCAGGGUCAUUGAUCAAGGAAAUCGAAGCGCAUACCGAUAUGAUCACUGCGAUUGACUUCGACUUCCCCUUCGGCACUAUGAUCAGUGCCGCACUGGACGACACUGUACGAGUAUGGGACAUGAAUGUUGGCCGAUGCUCGGGCCUGCUCGAGGGUCACCACGCCUCAGUCCGAUGCUUGCAGGUGGAAGAUAACAUUGUGGCGACGGGGUCUAUGGAUGCUUCCGUUAGACUUUGGGAUUUGAGUCGCGCUCGGCCCACAACUCGUGAUGGCCGCUUGAACAAGCACGAGCGUCACGAGCAGGAGGAUGCCUUGGAGCAUGCCUCCCCUGUGCCUCCCUCGUCCAACCUGGAAGACUGCCAUGUGUUCACCCUGGACGCACACGUCGACGAAGUCACUGCCCUCCACUUCAAGGGCAACACACUCAUCUCAGGCUCUGCAGACAAGACACUGCGACAAUGGGAUUUGGUCAAGGGACGAUGCGUCCAGACACUUGACAUUUUAUGGGCCGCGACCCAAGCCUCGUCUACAACCACCAUCGAUGGGACUUGGCGCCCGUCGGGCCGUCUUCCAGACGCGUCUGCCGACUUCGUUGGAGCAGUCCAAUGCUUUGACGCUGCCCUAGCCUGCGGAACGGCUGACGGUAUGGUCCGCCUGUGGGAUCUCCGCAGUGGUCAGGUUCACCGCAGCCUCGUGGGCCACACUGGCCCUGUGACCUGCCUGCAGUUUGACGACGUGCACCUUGUAACGGGCAGUCUGGACCGUAGUAUUCGGAUUUGGGACCUGCGCAUGGGCUCCAUCUACGAUGCCUACGCAUACGAGAAGCCCAUCACCAGCAUGAUGUUCGACUCCAAGCGCAUCGUAGCUGCUGCAGGCGAGAAUGUGGUUAAGGUCUACGACAAGGCUGAUGCCCACCACUGGGAUUGCGGCCCCGGCGUUGGAAUUGAUGACGACGAGGGUCCAGCCCCUGCAAUUGUGGAGCGCGUUCGCCUCAAGGACGGAUAUCUGGUGGAAGGCCGCAAGGACGGCACGCUGGCCGCCUGGACGUGUUAA